UCCGGCAAGACGUGAGGUCAAAGGUCGCGCGGCGAUGGCGGCUCCCAGGUGCAGCUGAGAAUGGCGUUGGCGGCGGGGGCUCGGCUGGCGCGGCCGGGGCUGGUGCGGCCCGGGCUGGCGCGCGGGCACUGGACACCCGCCGGGCGGUCGCGGAGCCGGCGCCAGGCGGCGGAGGCCGAGGCAGACGCGCCCGUGCUCCAGUACGUGGGCGAGCGCGCGGCCCGCGCCGACCGCGUCUUCGUGUGGGGCUUCAGUUUCUCGGGGGCGCUGGGCGUCCCCACCUUCGUGGUGCCGGGCUCCAGGCCCGCGCCGCGCGGAGCCCCCCGGCCACGCCGCAGGAUACAGCCGGUGCCCUACCGUCUGGAGCUGGAGCCACAGAUCUCCUCAGCUGCCUGCGGCUAUGGGUUCACACUGCUGGCCUCCAAGACCAAGGACAUCACCAAGGUCUGGGGCAUGGGCCUCAACAAGGAUUCCCAGCUGGGCUUCCACAGGAGCCGGAGAGACCAAAGCCGUGGCUAUGACUAUGUCCUGGAGCCAUCGCCAGUGCCGCUGCCCCUGGACAGACCGCAGGACACACGGGUGCUGCAAGUGGCCUGCGGCCGGGCCCAUGCCCUAGUGCUCACGGACCAGGAGGGCGUCUUCAGCAUGGGCAACAACGCAUACGGGCAGUGCGGACGCCAGGUGGUGGAGAAAGAGGUGUACAGUGAGAGUCACCGGAUGCACCGGAUGCAGGAGUUUGACGGACAGGUGGUCCAGGUUGCCUGCGGUCAGGACCACAGUCUCUUCCUUACGGACAAAGGCGAGGUCUACGCCUGCGGAUGGGGUGCCGAUGGGCAGACAGGCCUGGGCCACUACAACACCACCAGCGCCCCCUGCAGGCUUGGCGGGGACCUUGCGGGCGUGAAGGUUGUCCAGGUGGCCACCUAUGGCGAUUGCUGCUUGGCUGUAUCGGCGGAUGGAGGUGUCUUCGGAUGGGGCAACUCCGAAUAUCUGCAGCUGGCCUCUGUCACGGAAUCCACCCAGGUCAAUGUCCCCCGGAGCCUGCCCUUCUCACGGGUGGGCCGGGUGAAGCAGGCGGCCUGCGGGGGUACCUGCUGUGCUGUGCUCAAUGAGGAAGGGCAGGUCUUCGUCUGGGGCUACGGCAUUCUUGGGAAGGGGCCGGGGCUGGUGGAGUCGGCACUGCCCGAGAUGAUCCCCCCCUCGCUCUUCGGCUCCACGGACUUCGCCCCGGACGUGCAGGUGACACGACUCCGGUGCGGGCUCAGCCAGUUCGCUGCCAUCACAGACCGAGGCGAGCUGUUCGUGUGGGGUAAGAACGUGCGUGGCUGCCUGGGCAUCGGCCGCCUGGAUGACCAGUACUUCCCGUGGCGGGUGACGCUGCCUGGCCAGCCUGUGGACGUGGCCUGCGGGGUGGACCACAUGGUGACACUGGCCAAGUCUUUCAUCUGAGCCUCCGGAGCCGCUGGGUCUGGGCUGUGAGCGCCCGGCAGAGCAGGGCCAGGGGCCUGCCGUGGUUCUAGUGGCAUUGGGGGGACUGCAUUACCCUCCGGAGGCCCCCAUGGGCACUGACUGUGGGCUGGAAGAUGGCCAUCACCCUGCUGGGGGCACCUGUGGAAGGGGAGGUGCUUGGGAGGCGCUGGGUCCCGUCACCCAACCCUGUCAUCACCUGGCUCUGUCGUCACCUCAGCCAUUCCUGCUGGGCCUGGCUGCCUUGGGCUUUGGUUCUGACUACAGGUCACUGUGUCCGCAUGCUGUGUGCAUGCACUCGGCCCGCCAGCCUCAGAUUCCUCGGCCCAGGUCCAUACCAGCCUGUCACCUGCGGCCACAGGCACCAGCCUCCAUGGGGCACAGUGGCCCCCGCGGGGGCCCUCCCUGCACCGGCCUCCAUGGGGCACAGCAGUACCCAGCUGGGUAUUUGUCUGGAGAAGUCUCAGAAACCCAGGAAAACAUUUGCUUCAGGAGAAAACAUGUCUUUUCCCAGAAAAGCAGUACUUAAAAGCACCUUUUGGAGUAAAUCCAUUUUCUGCUUUUUUAGGAACACAAAAGGUCUUAUAUUUUAAGUUUUGGUCGUUAUGAGACUAGCUUUGGCAAAUAGGGCUUUCGAUAAAGAUCACCGAGGAGGCAGAGGUAGGAGGAUGGAGAAGAACAGCUAGGGUUACAUAGAAACUACUGGAAAACUGUCACUCUGCUUUGUGAAGCCUGUGUUCGGGCCAGGUCUGUGGUCCUCCCUGGAGGCCAGAGCAGGGGCACUCACGGUGGUCCUGGGGAUUAUCUGGAAGUUAGGAUUCUCAAGCCCUCUGAAUGGCCACCCACCUACAGAUGCAGCAGUAAGAAUGCGUAGGGGCCAUGGCCCAUGCCUGUAAUCUCAGCCUUUGCUAGGCUUCACGGUGAGCUCUCCCCUCCCCACAGUCACCGUGGAUGUGGUUGCUAGAGCACAGGGUGUGCUGGGGUUGGAAGCUGGCCCCUGGUCACGAUCAGGCUGUCCUGGCUGCCAUCUGCUCUGCCUGCUCUUGUGAGCUACGCAGAAACCUCAUUCUGUGCCUCAGUAAGAGCGUUUGCAAGCCUGCUGUCCUUUCGCUCCAUUGAGCAGGGCACAGGGGCCCACAUGGGCAUGGCGUGUCCCUGUGUUGUUCUCAGCUUGUCUGUGCGGCCUUGAGGGCUAAGUGUGGGGUGUGCGGGUCUCCUGGGCCUCUGCCUGUGGCCAGAGCCCUCAGCUCUUCCUAGGACCCUGAGUUUUGUGGCAGGUGGCCAGGCCAGGGGUGGGGGAGGUCCCUGGAUCCCCUCCCCCCUGAAAUCAGAGCUGGGAGGUGACUGCAUUAUAUGGUGCAGGCAGCGGCAAAUGGAUUCUGGUUCCCCUGAACCCUUGUUCUGGAGGGGGCAGGCACCAUGUUGUGUGCAAAUUGCCUGCCCUGUAGGAAGAACCAUGGCCUGUUCCACAAGCAGCCCCAGUUUCCUGCAGAAGCACCUACUUUGGAAGCUGAUCCUCUCAGUGCAGGGGUUUGAAGGGACCCAGAACCCACAUGCUGGUCCUGUGUGGUUAUGUGGGAGGUGUGGAACCUUCAGGAGGCGAGUCCAGUGGGAGGAAGUGAGGUUAUGUGUCCUUGGAAAGGAUGGAAGUAGUUCUCAAGGAUGUUGGCUAGCUCCUCUAAGAGUGAGCUAUUUUUUAGCCAGGUGUCGGUGACUCAUGCCUGAAAUCUUAGCUACU